AUGGCGGCCAGAGGCGGUUUCCAGACGAUACCUCCGGGUGGCGGCGGCGGAGCAAUGGGACCUGGACCCCCGAUACCGGGUGUGGGACCAGGCAUGGGGCCGGGGACUCCCUCGGGAAGGAUGGGCCCGUCGUCGGCCGCGCAGAACCACAUGUACCGCUCCCCGAUGCCCGGGCCUGGAUACCCGAGACCGGGCAUGCCCCCCUCCAGCCGUAUGACCCCUCAGGGACCAGCCAUGGGGCCCCCAGGAUACGGCAACAGCCCUGUUUCUCGCCCUGGGAUGCCUGGUGUGAUGGACCCGUCUCGUAAGAGGCCAGCCCCUCAGCAGAUUCAGCAGGUUCAGCAGCAGCAGAACCGCAACCAGCACACAAAGAAGAAGAAGAUGGCUGAUAAAAUUCUACCUCAAAGGAUCAGGGAACUGGUCCCAGAGUCUCAGGCUUAUAUGGAUCUGCUGGCUUUUGAGAGGAAGCUGGACCAGACCAUCAUGCGCAAAAGGCUGGACAUCCAAGAAGCCCUCAAGAGGCCCAUCAAGCAAAAGAGGAAGCUUCGGAUCUUCAUAUCGAACACCUUCAACCCUGCCAAGCCGGAUGCCGAGGACGGAGAAGGCACAGUUGCAUCGUGGGAGCUGCGUGUUGAAGGACGUCUGCUGGAAGAUACAGCCGUGUCCAAGUAUGAAGCCACCAAACAGAAGAGGAAGUUUUCUUCUUUCUUCAAGUCCCUGGUGAUUGAGUUGGACAAGGACCUUUAUGGACCAGAUAAUCACCUUGUGGAAUGGCACAGGACCGCCACCACCCAGGAGACUGAUGGUUUCCAGGUGAAGAGGCCAGGUGAUGUCGGUGUUCGCUGCACCGUCCUCCUCAUGCUUGACUACCAGCCCCCUCAGUUCAAGCUGGACCCCCGGCUGGCUCGUAUGCUGGGUAUCCACACCCAGACCAGACCUGUUAUCAUUCAGGCCCUUUGGCAGUACGUCAAGACCCACAAACUCCAGGACCCUCAUGAGCGCGAGUUCAUCAACUGUGACAAGUACCUGCAGCAGAUUUUUGAGACCCAGAGAAUGAAGUUCUCCGAGAUCCCGCAGCGCUUGCAUGCACUGCUGAUGCCUCCAGAGCCCAUCAUCAUCAACCAUGUGAUCAGUGUGGACCCUAAUGACCAAAAGAAGACUGCUUGCUAUGACAUUGAUGUGGAAGUGGACGACACACUGAAGACCCAGAUGAACUCCUUCCUGCUCUCCACUGCCAGUCAGCAGGAAAUAGCAGGACUGGACAACAAGAUCCAUGAAACCAUUGAGACCAUCAACCAGCUGAAGACCCAGAGAGAGUUCAUGCUGAGUUUUGCCAGAGAUCCUCAGGGCUUUAUCAACGAUUGGCUGCAGUCCCAGUGCAGAGACCUCAAGACCAUGACUGAUGUGGUAGGAAACCCAGAAGAAGAGCGUCGGGCUGAGUUCUACUACCAGCCGUGGGCUCAGGAGGCCGUCUGUCGCUACUUCUACUCCAAGGUCCAGCAGAGACGACAGGAGCUGGAGCAGGCGCUCGGCAUCAGGAACACCUAAAAACAUCUGGACACGCGGCAGAUGUGCUGUCAGAGAAGACUGAUGUGUCUGAGUUUGUGGCGGGCGGGGGAGGGGUGCAAACUUCUUACCACUGGCCUGCAGACGCAAGACAAACCCAGACAGACAUAGAUACUACAUGGUUUUACUGUUAUAUAGGAUUUUUCUUACUUUCAGUAGCUACUUCCACACUUUUGUACGGAACUUCUUGAGCACAAUGUAUUUCCUCCUGCAUGUCCAAGGUUCAGGCACCUGGAAGCAUUCCUUUUCUCUCCAUACGUACAAACAGACUGAACUCAGUGUCCCGGGGUCGUAACAAAUCUUUAAAUCAGCUUGAAUUUGUUGAUUCUCUUUCCCCCCCGGUCUGGAAAGUAAAUUUACUUUGUACACUCCACCUGACGCUCGCCCCUUCAGUUAGAUAUUGAUCGUGACUGUGUUUGUAAUCAAUCCAAUCACUCAUUGUUUUCUUUGGACAGUUGGUGCCGCAGUCGGUCCUGACAGAAAAUGCAUUUCUGUGGAAAAGCGGUUACUUUUUGUUUAGUGCCAUUUAGUAUGAAGUUGUUUUAUUUUCUUCUUCUUGUUCAUUACCAUUGAUCUUUGUUUUUUAUGUGUAUUAUACAGUACUUGUCUUGUUAGAUAGUACAGAUUAUCAAGGAAGUAGCUAGUAUGAGUACCUCUAGUCUAUAUAGUUUUGUACAUAAUGAGCAGAAAAAAACUGAAAAUGGAUGUGAAGUAAAAAUUGUAUCUCUUAUCCUGACAGAUCUUUUUCUUAACUUUUUGUCUACGCUGCGAUAGUUGAACCAGUAUUUAUAUUAAUCGGCCCUUCGCUCACGGAGCCCAGUGAUUUAGCUACUUCAGCGUAAAGAGUACGUAAAGUCCCGUUUGAUGAACCACUUCUCCACAGGGCUGAAUCCACUCAGCAUUCAUGUCGCCUGCAAGUGGGAGGAGUUAAAUCUACUGCUCAUAGUUUUGUGUACUUUUGAACAUGUGCAGAGAAGUUAAGAAUCACUUGAGCUCUGUUUCACGUGUGGACGAGCUGAUGUGAAGAUUCGUUGCUUCUUUGACACUGCUGAAGACCUGACACCUCUGUGGUUUAAUGGUUGUCUAACUGAUGAAGAUGAAGACGAGGGUCCUGGCUGAAUCUCUUGUGUGUUUGCAUUUCAUUAACAAAUUCCAAGAAUACACUAAUGUGGGUUUGGGGAGGUGCAUGAUUUGGAACGAGUUGUGGGAACCUCUGGGAUGUAAAACACAACACUGGUUGGACUGCAGUAAUAUUUUAAUCUGCAGACUUUUUCAUGGACCAAACCUAUUUUUCUGUAUGUUCUUAUGUUAUAAUAAAGGAUAUGUAAAAUGUA